UGCUCUGGUUUACAAGACCCACCAAAACCUCCCUUAAACCCUCUCUCUCUCUCUCUCUCUCUCUCUCUCUCUAGCAUAUAUAUGAUGCAACCUUCUCUCGCCAUUCCCAAGCUCCAAUCUCUAUCUCCACUCCACUUUGCCCAACCCCUCCAAGCCCCUAAACCCAACCUCAAGCUGCCAUCAACGAGCCAUGCCGUUGGGCCUCUGGGUGCCGCCAAGGACUCUUCUGUGUUCUUGUCGGCGAUCGGCCGGGCAAUCGAGGAAGAAGAGUACCGGAAAGCCAGGGCCGAGGUUAACCGGAAAGGCUUCGCCUUGGAAGGGUAUUCAAUCGAGGGUGUCUCGAUUGGCGGCCACGAGACCUGCGUCAUUGUGCCGGAAUUGAAGUGUGCUUUCGACAUUGGGCGCUGUCCGUCGAGGGCUGUUCAUCAGAACUUCGUGUUCAUCACGCACGCUCAUCUUGAUCAUAUUGGUGGGCUUCCCAUGUAUGUAGCAACUCGUGGAUUGUACAGUUUAAAACCUCCAACAGUAUUUGUGCCUCCUUCUAUUAAAGAGGAUGUGGAGAAGUUGUUAGACAUUCACAGGAGCAUGAGCCAGGUGGAACUGAAGCUUGAUUUGGUUGCACUAGAUGUAGGGGAAACAUAUGAACUGCGGAAUAACCUUGUUGCACGACCAUUUAAAACUCAUCAUGUUAUACCAAGCCAGGGCUAUGUAAUUUACUCAGUUAGAAAUAAGUUGAAGAAGAGAUAUGCGCAUUUGAAUGGAAAACAGAUUGAGAAAUUGAAGAAAUCUGGUGUUGAGAUCACAGACACUUUGUUGUCUCCAGAGGUGGCAUUUACAGGAGAUACAACAUCCGAGUUUUUUCUUGAUCCCCAUAGUGCUGAUGCCUUGAGGGCAAGAGUUCUUAUAACUGAGGCAACCUUUCUGGAUGAAGAACAGAGUAUUGAGCAUGCUCGAGAACAUGGCCAUACUCAUUUGUUUGAGAUCAUGGAACAUGCUCAGUGGAUUAGGAACAAAGUUGUUCUGCUAACUCAUUUCUCAUCCCGCUAUAGUCUAGAGGACAUCCGUCGAGCUGUGUCCAAGUUGCAGCCGAAUGUGUCAGCCAAAGUAGUUGCCUUAACAGAAGGCUUCAAAUCAACUUACUCAUAGUUAUGAACUCAAAUUCUUUGUUUUUUUUUUUUUUUUCUUUUGUCCCUUUUUGCUGCAUGUAACGUGCUCGUUGUAAUUAAUCCAAUCUUUCCGUUUUGAUUGCUGGCUUAAAACAAUGUCAGGGCAAAAAUGUCAUUUUGAGCAUUCGGACAAAUCAAUCAGUCUAGGUUCUCAGACCCAAUACUCUUUACCCUAUCUAAUGAAAUGCUUGAGAAUCAAAUGAGAAAAACGCUGAAGGAAAACCCAUUGUCGCUGUUCAA